GAGCAAAGAUACCAUGGAUCUUCUUUACCGCGACAUCGCAGCCUUCGACGCCGCAAAUGAGUUGGACCCACAGGAAAGACGCCAAGACCACAAUUGGAUUGACUAUUACUGAGUAACAAGCCUCUACCCUUGAACACCAUACCUGUAGCAUCGGUAACCAGAUCUUCUCCUACCCAGCCGAUCUAUUUGUGGUAACAUGAAGCUCCUUUUUGCCUCGCUCCCUCUGCUUCUCCUGGCCCCACAGCUCAUCCAUGGUCAAGAUGAUGGUUCUCAACCUCAGUGUGCCAACUGGACAAAGCCCAUCUAUUUUUACAAUGACCCUGCCCUGCAGUCGGCAGACUAUGACUACCUCUUUGCCGUGAUAACAACGAUUGAAGCUGACUGCUUUGAUGCUGAUGGUGUUCCCACUCCUUGCUCCCUUGAAAUAGCUUCAGAUCUCCCAGAAGCACCAGCCUACGAAACAGAGUGCUACAAAGGUGGAGGUAGAAUCUGGACAUACACCUACCAUCCACUCUGUGGUGAUGGUGCUAGUUCAUCGGAUUACUCUGUCAAGCCAGUGCUGAUCUGUGCCAGUGCUAGCUGUUCCAGUAAUGGUGUAUCCAAUCUAAUUCCCCAGCAAGAGCUGAGAGAGCUAAAGAACUACUCAUGUGGUUCUGGAGUAAACGAUCUUGAAAUGAAGGAUUAUCCCAGCUCUGAAAGUGCUUCCCAACCUGAAUGUUACAAUUGGACCCAGGCUCAGCUGUUCGAUUGGAAUCCAGAUUUGAAGCCGGCCGAAGAUGCCUACCUGGAAAUGGUUGCCUUGAAAAUGGGAGCAGAGUGCCUUGAUACUGCUACCAGCCCAGCCACAGCCAAAGCCUGUGAUAUCACCCUGAGUGAAGAUGAUGCAGCCACCAAAAAAUACAAAGAGGAAUGUGAAAAAGUUGGUGGUGGUCACCAGUUAUGAAUGAAACCAAAUUGCAAUCCUGGUACACCGAGAUGAAGAUUGCACCAAUGAUUGUUUGCUCCAGUGCUAGUUGUCCAGAAAAUGGAGUGAUUAACUUGUACCCACGACAAGAGGAGACAUACAAGUAUAUGGAUGAAGCUGGUAUCACCUGUGGCAGUGUUAUUGACAGUUCAAACACUGAGGUUCUCAGCAGCCCAACAGGCAGCAGUGGCACCAACCUCCAAGUCUUUGGAAGCUUUGUGGCUGCCACAUUGUUGGCCAUUUCUGCCUUUUUUGUUUGAAAGGUUUUAUUUAGCGUUUGGAACUAAUGUUAUGAUUAGUGGGGGAUCAGUCGAAACUGCAAUCACCAGCAUACGGCUACACCUCUAUACUUUUAAAAAAAUCGACGGUGUUAAAUAAAUAUGAAAAAGGAGUGAUGUUGGUGAUUGCGGACAAUAUGCACACUCCAAUCCAUGUUACUACAUGUAAUCAAUCGAACGCAAACUCUGAGUCAAAUUACAAACUCUCAAAUCUGUGAAGUUCCAGAUCUUCUUUUGUGCGGUGACUUUGUUCUCUGGUGUCUUGAGCUCUGUUGAAGGCCAGCCAACCAGAAAGGUCUUGUUCUGACGUUGGUGCUCUAAGCGCCACGAAUUCCACCUCCACAAGCGCAGCAUGCAACGUUGGCAGUAAGGCCGGGUGUGAAAACGAGCCUAUGGUGCAAGGAGCCAUCUUUCCGUGGCGUCAUUGCUAGUACAGUGUCCCAUAAUAAUGAAAUUCGAGUUUCGAUUUCGAGUAUUGAUUUCAAGUUUCCUGGUAAAAAUAGUCAAAAUUAUAUAUUUUAGGUUUGUUUUGGUGGUCCCC